UACACACUCCGGCACUUUUCCAAGACUCUACCUACUGGGUUCAGGCGGCAGAGGAGGUCCGGCAGUUCAUCACAGUCCGUCCAACUUCCAGCGAAGGAGUUCUUCGGUGGAAGAGUCGUUCAUCUCCAUUGUUGUUGUCGAAGUUUGCAGCAGUCCAGCAUCUUCGCUGCUGCCCACCGGCUUUCAGGGUUCGGAGCCGGGUCUUUCGUGUGACGGCGAAGGUUAGAUCAGGAAAUCUCUUUUGUGGUAGCAGUUUCAGAGUUUCAAUGUGUUCAGUUCAGGACCUCAGAUUUGUCAAGCAACAUGGAGAACAACAUUGAAAAGACUCUCAGAGAGUUUUGGACACCAGAUUUGUCAGUUGAUUCAUUCUGCAUUCAUUAUUCUGAUUUAGAGGCAGACUUCGAGUUAUGGACUAUUGUACAUCUUUUACCGAAGUUUCAUGAAAUUUAUGGUGAAGAUCCCACCAGACAUCUGCAAGAAUUGGAUAUGGUGUGCUCUUCAUGGAAUCUACGUGGUGUGUCAAAUGAAGAUGUUAGACUUAGAGCAUUUCCAUUCUCACUGGCGGAUUCAGCAAAGGAUUGGUUGUACUGUCUUCCACCUGAUUCUAUCACCAGCUGGUUUGAAACGAAGAGAAUAUUUCUGGCGAGGUUCUUUUCUGCUUCUAGGAUUGUAGCUAUUCAGAGAAGUAUUUGUGGAAUCCAACAAUUCAUAGGAGAACCGUUUCAAAAUUAUUGGGAGAGAUUUAAAAGACUUGUUGCUAGUUGCCCUCAGCACCAGAUAAGCGAUCAACUUCUGAUAAUAUACUUCUAUGAGGGAUUGUGUCCCAUGGACAGGAGUAUGGUUGAUGCAGCUAGUGGAGGGGCUCUAGUUAACAAAAUAUCUGCUCAAGCUAAAGAACUUAUCGAGAUUAUGACUACAAAUUAUUAGCAAUAUGAGAUUAGACCGACGAUUACCAAGGAUGUUCAUUCCUUUACCAAUGUACUCCCUACCAGGAUCCAAUAUUUUUAGCUUGAUCCUCAGUCUUAUCACAUCAGCAGGACAGGUGUAAUUUCAUUACAGGAUUCGGGUAUGAGAACACACAACAAGGGAAUUCUGAUUGGUCCCAAUAUUAUCAGUCAUAUCUUCAGCAUCGGCCUGAGCAACAUUUUUUGGAGCAGUCACAACAACUUGUACAACAUCAAGAAACGCAAUUUCAACCAAUGACAUAUUCAUCGACACAGUUACAAUUGCUAUCAGAUCGACCUAUUGCAUCAAUUUUCGAGAAGAUGGAUUGUAGAGUUUGUGAUAUUCCUGACCUUGUUUCAGCUACUCUACUUGACUCUUCUAGUUUUUUACAUCGUGAUGUUGUUAUUGAUCCUGAUAAUAUUUUUGUUGAUGAUAUUACUGUUCCAGAUAGUCUUGAUGUUGCAGGUGUUGUUUUUUAUGAUAGAAGUGUAGGGAAGACCCAAGAAUCACUUUCUUUGAUUAUACGAUUAGCUGAGCCAGUUGAGCCUUUUAUUGUACCUAGUGAAGAUGGAAGUGUAGUGGAAACUCAAGAAUCACUUCCGUUGAUUGUACCUGAUUCAGAGCCAAAUCUUUUACCUGAUCAAGAUGAUGCCACAUUCACUGUUUUAGAACCUUCAGGUACCUUUCAGGAUGGUAAGGUUGAUAUUUUUUCUGAAUCUUUAGGAAAUACUAUGGAGGUAGUUCAUUUUGAUUGUAGUGGGUGUGAUACAUCUUUUGAUUCAUGCUUUGUUACUUUUGAUAUUGUUUCUGAUACAUCUUACUCAGUAUGCGUGCAAGAUUUGCAUCCUCUUUUUAGUGCACAGGAUUUCUUCAGACAUUUUAUUUGCAGUCAGUCAUGUAAGGAUGCAGUCUACCAUUUGAAGAAAGCCCUAACACUGUAUGCAAUAAUGAAGCUUCUGGAGUGGACACUCCAACUGAACCAUCUUCGACCACCGGAGAAAAUUUUUAAGGAGUUUAUGGUGGAGGGAGCGAUCCUCACGUCACCUACAUUCAUUCCACUUCUAGAAUGGUUUCUGGACUUGAAUCGACUCCGAUCGCCAGAAUUUCAGGGGAGUCUGUUCCAUCUCACUUUUUCUUUUUCUUUUCCUUUUUGCUUGUACAUAUUGCCUUGCUUUAUUUGCUUCUGCUUGGUAGUUCAUUUUUAGUUUGUCUAGUCCGGUUUUUCAUAAUAAAUUCCAUAUGCAUUCUUUUUAUCAUUUUAGAAAUUGUGAAAAUCAGUUAAAUUUGAUUGCCAAGUUUGAUGAUUUAUUGUCAUGAUUGAAUUUUUGGAUUGCAUGUGAUUACAACUUGAUGAUGGAUUCUAUAUUGAUAGAUUGAGAUGGUAAUUUUUGAUAUACCUAGUGAGGAUAUUUUUUUGAGCCUAUUAUUCCUAUUGAUAUGUGAUGCACUUGUGGUUAAUGCUAUUCUAGAACUUGCUUAAUUCUUUCGAUACCACAUUAUCAUAUGUUUACAUGAUUUUUAUGAAGGCUAUCUCACUUUUUUGUAUUCAUUUCUUUUGUUAUCACAUGUUUCUUGAAUAAAAUCUAUAUCAUCCAUCAUAUCAUUCUUUUCUUUCUUCCAUUUAUUUCACUCUCUUACUUUCUUGGGAUGUGGAUAUUUUUGGAUGUUACAUAAUGAGUGUUUUGCCUGAGACGAACAAAAAUUUAAGUGUGGGGGGAAGAAAUAGCUUAGUGGAAUUUAGUGGAAGCAUAGGUGAACCAUGCUUGAUCACCAUAGGUAAAUCAUGUUAUUUAUCUUUUUAUUUGAGCUAUUGAUGAUGUUAUAUAAUGUUGCACAACAUGUUAAAAAAAAGAAAAUGAAAAAAAAAAAAGAAAAAAAAAAGAAAAUGAAAAAAAAAGAGAAAAAAAUUGAAAAAAAAAAAGGAGCUUUAACAUGUUGUGCCCUUUUGUAUUUGUGUGUGGUAGAACUUUUUGGAGAGACAAUUUUUAUUGUAGCAAUAUUUAGAUUUUAUUGUAUAUCAUGAGUAGUGAUUUUUAUUGGAAAGCUAUAGUAGAGAUUGUCUAUAUGCUUAUUAGAUUUAUGAGAAAAACUUUGAUAUGUGAUAUUUUGUAUUCAUUUGUAGUAGAAUUUUUGUGAGUGACAAUUUUUACUUUAGCAACAUUUAGAUUUUAUUGUAUAUUAUGAGUGGAUGUUUAUUGAAAUGCUAGAGUAGGAGUUGUUCACAUUUUUAUUGUAUUGAAGAAAGAUGAUAGAAUUUUUUAUUAGUGAUAAUCUUUAUGGUAGCAAAAUUUGGAUUUUAUUGUAUAUUAUGAGUGGAUGUUUAUUGAAAAGCUAUCGUAGAGAUUGUUCACAUUUUUAUUGAGUUUUUAGAGCUAGCUUAGAAGUUGGAUGAGAUACUUUUUGGGCAUUAUUUUUUUUUACUCAUCUAUGUAACAUUCCAUUAUGUCCAUGUCUUCCACCAAUAACUUGCUUUAUCUUCUUUAUUUCUUCUCUUAUACUAUCAUUUGCUUGAUUCAUGUUUCCCUUACAUUUCAAAUAAUGUCUUCAUUAUUUUAUUGUACACUCUUAUGUAUAUAGUGGUGGGGAUUAGAAGCAAAACAAGCUUAUGGUAGUACAUUAAUCAUGAGUAGCUUGAGUGAGCUCCACUAUUGCAUGAUUAUAAGAGGAGAGCCAUCAUCAUUUACCUUGUGAGGUUUAUUUUGUUAUCAUUCUCAAUUUAUUGAUUACGGAUUGAAAUUGACGUGUUUGUUAAUUAAUGUAUGAAUUGAAUCCAUGAAUGCUUUGGUCAGUUGAAUUGGACAAUCUUAGAUAACUCUCUUUUCACUAUUUUCUAUGUAUGCUUAAGAAUUGUUAUGGGAAUUCAUCUUAGUUAUUUUCUUGUUUUAUUUAUUUGCUCGAGACGAGCAAAAAUAAGUGUGAGGGAGUUGAUAACAUGUAUUUUUGUAUAUUAUUUUGGCUCUUAUUACUUAGCAUUUUUAUAUUCUCACAUGCUAAUUUUAUGUUUAUAUUAUAUUUUGUUAGUAAAAUUUUUUUUGAACUUAAUUAUAAAUUUCUUGUAAAUUAUAGAAUUUAAUUUCAUAUUUUUAUGUGAUUUUGUAGGAAAUUCAAAAAGUCAUUGAUUAGGGUCGAGGCUGAUUGAAUUUGGCUUGAUUUGGAGGUCAAACGGAGGAGAUCAAGCUAAAUUAAUGUGGACCGUUGAUCAAGAUCCAGUGAGAUCCUGCCUCUUCAGUCAGAUCAAGUGAUCCAGCCCUUCAUCCUCAUUUAAAGAGAUCUGGACCAUCCAUAAAGAUCAUCCUCAUCCAAGUCCAAUUCAUCUCCAAUUUGGAUCAAGAGAAGAGCCCAAUUUGAACCAACAAUUCAACUCUUAAAGCCCACUCUUCAAGCCCAAUUCCAAAAAUCCAAUUUCAAUUUUUUAUUGGAUUCGGAUCUAAGCUCUAAGGGGUAUCCUUUCCUUAACCCAAACCCGAAACCAUUAAGAAACCUUACCUCUUCACGCGGAUGCACACUAGCCCCGAUAUAAUCUUCUGAUCGCGCGACUUCUUCCUGCAAGGCUAGGGUUCGCGUCAACUUUCCCCACACCACCGCCCUUUCCUUCCUUCUCUCCGGCCGAUGGCCUCUACUCCUCUUCUCUUCACUGUCGUCGGCCGACCAUCCACAGCGCACUACUUCUUCUCAAUGCCAGCGGCGACGACAGCAGCACAGUGGCGGGAGCAGCAGACGACGACAGCAAUUUCCGACCAACUCCACCUCACCGGAGGGGUUCUCCGGUGAGACCUACACACUCCGGCACUUUUCCAAGGCUCUACCUACUCGGUUCAGGCGGCAGCGGCAGAGGAGGUCCGGCAGUUCAUCACAGUCCGGCCAACUUCCAGGGAAGGAGUUAUUCGGUGGAAGAGUCGUUCAUCUCCAUUGUUGUUGUCGAAGUUUGCAGCAGUCCAGCAUCUUCGCUGCUGCCCACCGGCUUUCGGGGUUCGGAGCCGGGUUUUUCGUGUGACGGCGAAGGGUAGUCGUUGGUAUUCAAAGAAGAAGCGUGGAUUGUGUUUGGUUUAGUUAGUUUAAUUCUGCUUAUUGCUCAUGUUUGCUUGUUUGUGUUGAAUUUUUAUUGAAUCCUUGUAUCGAAUUAGAAUUUCCAUGUUUGAAUUGCAUGUAGUUCGUUUAAUUGGUUUCGUGCA